AUUGACUUACUAAUUUGAAUGAGUAUUUACGACAAAAAAUGUUGUUUGCCCCUGCUGAAAGUAAUGUAUUGAUAUCAGUGUGUUCUAGGUCAAUGGCUUCUAAGACUCCAGUUGGAUUCAUUGGACUAGGCAACAUGGGGAAUCCAAUGGCAAAAAAUCUCAUGAAACAUGGCUAUCCGCUGAUUAUUUAUGACGUGUUCCCUGAUGCAUGCAAAGAAUUUAGAGAUGCUGGUGAACAGGUAGUAUCUUCCCCAGCAGAUGUAGCGGAAAAAGCCGACAGAAUUAUUACAAUGCUGCCCACCAGUAUCAAUGCAAUAGAAGCUUAUUCUGGAGCAAAUGGGAUUCUAAAAAAAGUGAAGAAAGGCUCAUUAUUAAUAGAUUCCAGUACUAUUGACCCUGCAGUUUCAAAAGAAUUGGCCAAAGAAGUUGAGAAAAUGGGAGCAGUUUUCAUGGAUGCCCCUGUUUCUGGUGGUGUUGGAGCUGCCAGGUCUGGGAAUCUCACAUUCAUGGUGGGAGGAGUUGAAGAUGAAUUUGCUGCUGCCCAAGAGUUGCUGGGGUGCAUGGGCUCCAAUGUGGUGUACUGUGGAGCUGUCGGGACUGGGCAGGCUGCAAAGAUCUGCAACAACAUGCUGUUAGCUAUUAGUAUGAUUGGAACUGCUGAAGCUAUGAAUCUUGGAAUCAGGUUAGGGCUUGACCCAAAACUGUUGGCUAAAAUCCUAAAUAUGAGCUCAGGACGGUGCUGGUCAAGUGACACUUACACCCCUGUACCUGGGGUGAUGGAUGGAGUUCCUUCGGCUAAUAAUUAUCAAGGUGGAUUUGGAACAACACUCAUGGCUAAGGAUCUGGGAUUGGCACAAGACUCUGCUACCAGCACAAAGAGCCCAAUCCUUCUGGGCAGUCUAGCCCAUCAGAUCUACAGGAUGAUGUGUGCCAAGGGCUACUCAAAGAAAGACUUCUCAUCCGUGUUCCAGUUUCUACGAGAGGAAGAGACCUUUUGAACCUGCCCUUUGGCCAUGGACACUGUUGGGAACUCACUUCCAUCUCCAAGCCUCCCUCUAGCUCACUCCACAAGUAAAUGGGCUUAAUCAGAGUCCUGUCUGCUUUCGAUUGUCUAGUUGCAAUAAUCCCUAGGGUUUUUCACUCACUUCUAAUUGCUUACUCUUUUUUGUUAGUAAACGUGUUAUCUGGGAUUUUUUUUCCCUGUAAGUUACUAAUGGUCAUUGCUAACUAGCUAAAUUUAUUUACUUUUUUUUUUUUUUAAUUUUGAUCUCGGCAUCUUCAACUAAAUUGUUGAAUACUUAAAUCAGGAUAUUAUUUACACCACUUUACAAAUAAAACCAAAUAUUUUGUCAAUAGGAUGAAACCCAUCUUAUUGGGAAGAGAAGAAAUUAGUGUGAGGAGAGGAGUUGAAGAAGUACCCUCGGGAAGUUUGUCCAGUGAACUGAAUGGUGGUAUCCUUGCAUGUCUGAGGUUACUGAUCUUAUUUUCUAGAAAGUUAAUAAAAGCAAGAGAACCUGUUGCUGUAUGUUUUCUAUUUGGACUCAAUUACAGGAUCUUACUAGGCGUCUCUUUUGUUAAACUCCCAGUACUCAGCAGACUUGUUUUUUUAUAUAUAUUAUUUUUGCUUCCUUGUACAUUCUUACUACAUAUUUUUUGACUUUGAGAGAAAGACAUCUUUAGACCUAUUUCAGAGCCAAUGAUGAUACUUGCUUUAGAUAAUUAUUACAUUAUUCUAAAUAUAAUGAUAUUAUUUUGAAUUUAAAUAAAUUUCUAUGCUGAUAAUA